AUGAAGAUCGUGAUUACCUUGUUAGUUGUAUUACUAGUUGGGACAGACUGUUCCGGUAGGAGAGAGGUUGUGGGACCAACCAAUUUUCCUAUUCGAUGUCAAGGGGAUUUGGAGUGGAGGUUCUGCGCUUCCACGUGUCCACCGGUUUGUGGACAAGAGCAACCAGAAACCUGCCACAAGAGGUGUGUCAUUGGCUGCGCGUGCCCCAAGGACAUGGUCAGGGUCACUGCGACUAGCACCCAGUGCGUGGCCAGCAUGGCGGACUGCCCGCAGGAGGUGGAGGAGGAGGAAGAGUGAA